UGUUGCCAUGGUAACCAUGAACGCUACACUGUAUCGGUAUGUGGUUAUCCUUAUACAUUGAAACAUUGCUAGUGCAGAAAAGGAAGCCUAUUUCAUUGAUAACUUAGGACCAAAACCUGAACUGGGAUAAGACGUCGAAUUUUGCUAUUAGUCUCUCAACUUUUAGCUAUAACAAUAUGACAACGAAUUAUGUUAGAAUUAAUCCCCCGGUUGUUGAGUUUACCGACGUAAAAGCAGGGAAGGUUUACAAGACCACUGUCACGGUGACCAACACUGGAAUUACCUCGAAAAGAAUGAGACUGCUUGAACCCACAUCAAAGCUGUUCAAAUUCAAGGUGACAAACACAGAAACCCCCAUUGCUGCUGGAUUGUCCCUGAGUGGCACUCUAGAGUUCAGGCCUGAGAAAGAUGAGGAUGUCUGUGACCGUCUGCUCCUUGUCCUGGAAGACAAAGCCAUGGAGAUCCCCCUCUUAGCGUUCUCCCCGGCGUGUUCUCUCACCAUGGAAUCUCUCGCUGAUUUCGGCUCUGUGAUGGCAAACAGUCAGGUGAUCAGCAAAGAGGUGGAAUUGACCAAUCAGGGAUCUGCUCCAGGAGCUUUUCAGGUGCUGUAUGAUGGAGACCAGUCCAUCAGGCUCUCUCCCAGCAGUGGCGUCCUGCAGUCUGGCGCAACCCAGUGGCUGAAGGUGGAACUCUGCACUGACAGACCCACGAGGGUCAGAGAGGAGGCCCAGGUGAAGCUGCAGAACAGUAAGGACGUGGUCCUGAAGAUCAGGGCUGAUGUUUUGGAGCAGAGCCUGGAGCUCCAGGACCUAGAGGGGGAGAGGUUGUCCUGCCUCCGCUUCGGACCCGUCUUCUUUGGGACGUCCCGGGUGGAAAAGGUGGCUCUGGUGAACAAUGGACCACAGGCCUGCGACUGGAUGGUGGUGCUACAGGACGAUGCUCCAGGGACAGAAAUGGGCUUUGACCUCCAGAGGAGUACAGACGCAGCGCUGCUAGAGAGGAGUGUUCGUAACAGGGCCACCGCUGUGGAUCCCUCCACUGUGAUCGCCUGUGUGCCCAACGAGGGACGACUGAGACCCUACGACAGAACCACUCUGUGGGUCUGCUUCCGUCCUGUCAGCAGAAGAAGGAGCAGGGAGGAGCAGAAGACCAGUGGGGCCUCAGCAGCAGCCAGUAAACAAGACUACUCACUCUUCCUCAAGUUUCAGACAGUGGGAAGUAAAGAUGGCUUCAACCACCAGCAGCACUCCACUGUACCUCCCCACAAUGGUUACUGUGUGGAGCUGGCGGUGACUGGCUCAGCCCUCCCUGUCUCCCUGGUGCCCAGCCCCGGCCACAGCUUCAGCUUCCAGCAGUGCCAGAUGGGAGAGCGUGUGGACGUCCUGUGUGUGCUCCGCAACCUCUCCCCUCUACUCCCUGUCACCUUCAAGUUCCGAAAGAUGGCCAACUUCAUCAGUGACCCCACUAGUGGAACCAUCUCCCCAGGACAAAGCCAGGACGUGGUGCUGUCCUUCGCCCCCCACCAGAUGGGGAUGUUCAAGGUGAAACAGGUGCUGGAGUUGCUGGGUCAGGUGGUACACCUGGAGCCCUCCUCCAUCAAGCUCCGCCUCCGCAGCUUCCACACCAUCACCCUGCACCUGUCAGCUGUUUGCCGAGCGCAGACCGCAUGCGAGACACCCAAACUCAACCCCGGAAUCACCCCGGCUGUGACCAAUGAGACAGGCCAGUAUGCCCGGGUGCCCUCCAGUGAGCUGGGCAGGUGUGUGGGAUUGGUGCGGGCAGCUGUCCUCAGCACGGCCAAGACCCGGCUCCACAGUUACGGUCAGAGCCAGAGCUACCGUAGGAACCAGAGUCUCGACGGUAGCCGGCGAGAGCUACUGGCCUUCCCCAACGACAGGGCCUGCAGCAUCCGCCCUGCCUCUCCAGACACCACCUACAGAACCAUCUUCACGGGGGUGGAGCGUUACCGCUACGAGGACCCUGACUUUUCCUUCACGGAGGAGGAGGAGCAGCAGAGACAGAGACACAGAGAUCACUACCUAGCCUUCAUCAGGAGCCUGCGAAAGACACGCUUGCAGAAAACCACUGCGAGGCUGCAUGGUGAGGUGGAGGACAACGUAGACAUUGGGCUCCGGCCUGCCGCAGGACUCCUCACCCCCCAGCUCUCUCUGAGGGACCUGGAGUCCAAUCACAGCCAGGAGGGGCAUAGCGUCGACCAGGGACAUAGCCAGCUAUUGACCACCUGUAUGCUGGCUGCCAUGGAGACCAGGUCCAGAUUCAGACAGGUGACAGAGGGCAUCAAUGCACUACCCUCCACCAACCAGGAGGUGGCAGACUGCAGUCGCACCCUGACAGUUCAGCAGCUCCACCAUGUAGUCAUAGGUGAGAAACGCAUGCAGUCUUUGUUUGCAUUAGGAAUCUUAAUAAGCCCUCUUGUCCCUCCCAUGGCUGAUGAAGAGAAUAUUCACUACAUUUGCAUUUUAAAGAUGUGA